AUGGUAGUAUUCAUGAAUAUAUUGUUUAUAUUUUGCAGAUUUCUUCCUUUCACUUAUUCUCGCUUUAUUCUUUUCCCGAUAUUUUCGAUCAUAUUCCAGCUUCUUUUCUUUAUUCUUUUGUCGAUAAUUUUGAGUAUAUUCCUUUCUUUUAUCUUUUAUUUUCUGGUAGUGUUUUCUAUUAUAUUCCUUUUUCUUCAACCUUUUUUCUUCUUCUUUAUUUUUAGUUAUUUCAUUUUUUGUAAUUUUAGGUGUCGGUUUUAAUGUUUCUCCAUAUUUUUGAAUCUGUGG